CGGCGAAGGCGUACCUGCCUGACUUUCGGAUAUAGCGCAACGUCACGAUGGAGGUGUGUGUGUGGGGGGUGGCUCAGGAAUUCGGCAGCAAAAAAUCCUGCUCGACUUGAUUGGGACGCUCACACUCACUCAUAUUGACGCUAAUGCAAUCACCCAGCAGUUUGCACCAGUUUCACUUGUCUCCGGACCUGAGAACACACAUACAGUAUACACUUGCCGCGAACGAAGAAGAAAAAGAAGCAGAAGAAAGGGUUUUUAUUUUUGCUGUUUGUGGAGGGUUGCCAUGUCUUUUUCCAGCAUCCUACCUGACGAGUCUGCUUUUACGGACUUCAAGAAUCAGUGUUUGUCCACGGACAAGUGGCACAGCAAGUACAACAGUCAUGGCAUGCAGGUGUGGAUUGAGAUUCCCACCGAGAAAGAACACCACGUUGGACCCAAAAUACACAAGCUCAAGUGCAAAAUCGCGAUCAAGGACGUUUCGGCCGCCGUCAUGUACGACGUGCUGCAUGACAGCCAGUACCGAAAGAAAUGGGACCACAACAUGCUGGACAGUUUUGACAUUGCCCGCGUCUCCGCCUGCGCCGACAUUGGCUACUACUCAUGGCGUUGUCCGAAGCCGAUCAAGAACAGAGACGUGGUGACGCUGCGCUCGUGGCGGGUGACCGAUGACGAGUACGUCAUCAUCAACUUCUCAGUCAAACAUCCGAAAUACCCUCCUCGAAGUGACAUGGUUCGAGCCAUUUCCAUCCUCACCGGCUACUACAUCAAACCCACGGGGCCCAACAGCUGCAUUUUCAUCUACCUUUCACAAGCCGACCCCAAAGGUUCCCUCCCAAAGUGGUUAGUAAACAAAGCUUCCCAAGUUCUGGCACCGCGGGUGUUGAAGAGCGUGCACGUGGCGGGUCAGAACUACCCCGUGUGGAAGGGGCAGAACUCUCCUGACCAGAAGCCUUGGUUGUACCCGGAGCAGAACAUCCUGCCCUUGAUGGACCCCGCCGAGCUGUCCAUUCAGAGAGGCGACUCCCUAGAGAACGUGGACGAGAGUUCCAAGACGGAGGAAAGCUAGAUUCCAAAAAGAGGACGGAUGCUGCACGUGAGACCUCAGAACUCAGGAAUAUUCGAGCCAAGUUCUUCCAAGUUUACACUUUUUAUGAAGGGAUGGAAAUGUUGCCGUGCACCUCAGGCCGUGCUGAAAUAAGCUCAAGUGUUUGCUUUUAGGGGGUUUUGUUUUUCUUUAGAAUCAUGUUCAGCUUUGGGGGUUGAAGGAGGGCGUUGUUGCAGCACUACAUUCACGGUAAUUACACUUUUUUUUUACUGCUUGAAGAAAAUUGAAAAGAAUAAUGGGCCUCAUUCACGAAACGUUCUUACGCACAAAUGUGUUCUUAAAGCCUUCUUACGAAGAUUUUUGGCAUUCACGAAACGUGUUCUUAACUCACAGUUCUUAGAUCUAAGAACAAAUUCUACGAACGCUCAGGAGGACUCUUUAGAUCUAAGAACAAAUUCUACGAACGCUCAGGAGGACUCUUACACACAAGCAAAGCUUGCACUUUCAAUGCGCAAUCGCCCUCAUGAUGGAUUUUGCAACCUGAUCCCAAAAAAUGUAGUGCAAAUAAAAUAUCCCAACAAUGAUUUAUCAUCAAAACAACUAAAAUAUACUCCAUGGAUAAAUAUAUAUUCAAAUCCCAAUUCAUCAAUUCAUCAAUUCAUGGACGUGCGCUGCGCAGAGAGAGAAUGUAAAGGGACCAUUAGAUUUAUUUGCUGAAAGCCACCAAUAUUUGAUGUCCCGCUUCAGGCUUCAGGCUUCCCUCUCUGUUCUUGCAGGGGUGCAGGAUCAUCAGAAUAACAUCGCAAUGAAACGUGGUGUGUCUAUUGCGCACAGAGCACCCCCAGAUAACGACAUGCGCCCCCAGCCACGUCUUGAGCCAGAGCACGGGGCUGCUGUAUUAAUUAGGCAGUCCAAUCUUUUUUUUUUAGUCUAUUUUAAGUCAAACCACUUCUUUUUAACCUCUGCGGUGGCGCGUUUCUCCGUGGAAACGGCAUUUAUGUUUCCUGCAAUGGUGCUCCAUGCCGACUCUUUUUGGAUGGACUGAUGACCGGUGGAUACACGUGAAAAUAAGGUGGUCUUGUGUUCGCUCACUCCUUGUAAAAGCACCUCUAUUUCAGUAGAAUUGAACUUUUUCUUUCGUUUGUUGUCCAGCUGCUCCUCAGUCUUGCCCUUGCGCGUUGCCAUCUCCGCCUCCAGCUGCCUGUUGCGCACCGCACAUUUUUUACCUUAUAUAGAAGAUAAUAGGCGGUGACCUAUGCAAAUUAGGCCUCACAUGCACAGGCAUCGCAGUUGGCAUUCAUCAACCUAAGAACACCGGUGCGAACGAUUAUCCCUACUUAAGAACGUGUCGUGAAUGUGGCGCAGUUUCCAACCCGCGCCUUCUUAAGUACACUUCUUAAGAAGACUUUUAAGAAGAUGUUCGUGAAUAAGGCCCAAUGUGUGCGAAUAUUGUUUCCAAUUCUUUCCAUCCGCAGGUCUACUAAACGUGACUGUAUUUAUUGCGGUGCUGUGCAAUGUUUCUUUGUACUGACAACAUGUAAAUACUUUUGUACCGUGUCUUUCUAACGUUGCACAGCUGCUGUAUUUAUUUCACACUCAGAUGAAUUUUAUGUUUGAGAAAAGACUCUGACAUGAAGCCCGGUGGCAGACAGACGAUACUGAUGAUGAGGAUGUGACAUGCAACUGGAUUUUGGACAAAAAUAAACCUGGCCAAGGGUAACUUUA